CUCGUCAGAGAUCGUGCUGUUAAACAUUUGUCCCCAUCUUGCCAGCUGGAGAGCUAAACUUGGUUCCUCUCUGUGUCCUUUUUUAGCCCGCACGUUUUCUCGCGAGUCCGGCUGUUGGCUGUGGUUUGAAAAGUAGUUGUUACCAUAACUUUUCUAAAUGAACGCAAUUUUUUGAGCUAGGAGUCUGAGCUACUGCUUGCAACAACCAAGCAGGGCCCGUGUGCAGCCGCGGUGUUAACUGGACUCGUGUAACCGCCUCCUGAGGAUCGUUUGUGGGAACAACACGCUGCAAUGGAGCGGUGAGGCUGCAGCUGCACGGAGGGAGGACGUCCUGCGUUACUUAGUUUGAAUCAGCCCCAGCAGGUCUGCUACGCUUGAGCUCUACAAGGCAGCCAUGUUGCUGAGUGGAGUUGGUGAUGCCUUGGGCUACAGGAACCAGCUGUGGGAGUACAAUGAAUCAGGACCAGCUAUUCACCAGGAGCUUCAGGAACUUGGUGGCCUAAAGAACAUCAAGGCUGAGCUCCCUGACUGGCCUGUGAGUGACGACACAGUUCUGCAUCUGGCUACAGCUGAAGGACUAGCAACAGGAAAGACUGGGGAGGAGCUCAUGCAUGAGGUGGCUGCUCGUUAUGUGGAAGCCAUGAAGGACAUGGAGGGCAGGAAACCAGGGCCUUCGAGCAUUCUGGGGGUUUCCCAGCUAAAGCCUGGGGAGGAAGGGGGAUACAGAGUGGCAUAUAACCCUGACGGGACAGGCUGUGGAGCAGCCAUGAGGUCCAUGUGCAUUGGCCUGAGGUAUCCAAAGCCCGACCAGCUGUUGUCAUUGGUGGCGGUUGCUGUUGAGACAGGCAGAAUGACCCAUCCUCACCCCACGGGCUUCCUGGGAGCCGUCGCGUCAGCCCUUUUCACUUCAUACGCCAUCCAGCGCAGGCCAAUCACAACUUGGGGUCUGGGCCUGAUAAACGAGGCCUGCCCAAUAGCAAAGAACUUCGUUGAAGGUCGAGGCUAUGCCGUGGAGGAGACCGAGAGAGACUGGGGCUACUUCUGUGACAAGUGGCAAUGGUACUUGGAUCUGAGGGGCCUCGCUCACGGUGUGGGCCCUGCGAUUUGGCCUGCCUCUUACGGCCCUGCUGAAAGAGACGAAGCCUAUAAGAGCUUCAGCUUGUCAGGUUGGGCCGGACGCAGUGGCCAUGAUGCUCCAAUGAUAGCGCUGGACGCCUUGCUAGGCGCAGGUUCAGACUGGGAAGAGCUGAUGAGCAGGGCCGCCUUCCAUGGAGGUGACAGCGACAGCACCGCAGUGAUUGCGUGCUGCUGUUGGGGUCUCCUCUACGGAUUGCAGGGGGUCCCCGAAGGCAACUACGCCAACCUGGAGUACCGGGAGCGACUGGAGCGCAGUGCCGAGCAGCUCUACGCGCUGUCACACUGAGGAAGGUCGCUGCAACCCCGCCGUGCUGACAGAGCGUGUCCCGGCCCGCUGCGGCAAGGGGGAAACUGGGCCACGCACACUGACACACUGAAGUAGAGCUAGCUGGUGUGCUCAGUAGUACAUUGAUUUAGAGAGCUGUCACUGAGCCACAGUAUGUUGUCAUAGUCGCCUAAAGGGGAAGCAGAAGCAGUGUCCUACUAACCUAAAGAGUCCUCUCUGCCAGAACAAGGACAGAGUGCCUCGUGAUGUUGGCACGGAGGCUAGCGUAUAAGCAGGGGUCCCCCUAGUGACCGUUUUAAAUCAACAUAUUUGCUCCUGUGAGCAGAACGAAUCCAAGCUAAUGAGAAUAUGAAAUGAAUGAGCAGCAUCCUCUGGGAGGUAAUUUGCUUUGUUUUGUUCAACCUGACAUAAUGACAAACGCUCCAGCCUCAAAUUAAAUGUGCUUUUGCUAAAGGAUAAUGAAAAAUAAAUUGGUGUGCCUCAUGGUCGUUAACUCCUGAAGUGAGAAGGCAAACUAAUGCUCCAGACAAAAACAUAAUUAACAAUACAAUAAAUUAAACGCUUUGUAGUUGAGUUGAAAACUUUA